AUGGGCCGAUCGGUGCACGAGCACCACGUGUCGCUGUCGAAGGAGCAGGCGGACGAGCUGGCGCUUCUCGCGGUGUGCGACGAAUCCGGCGUCGACGCGGAGACGCUUCGCACCGCGUUGAAAAGGCUCGAGGAGAUCUGCCCUCCGCUUGCCAAACGCAGGGCGCGGGGCGAGGUGAAGCCGGCGGAGAUGGCGCGACUGGCGCUGGAUCUACCCGCGGUGACGAGCGGCAUGCUCGGCGUCAAGAGACUGCUCCCCGGUGCGGACGCCGCGGAGUUAUGCGCGCGGCAAACGUCGCUGUUCGCCAAGCCGGGCGUCGACAACGCGGUCGACGUGGUCAACACUCUCCGCGCGGGUCUCGAAGGUGCCGGGCUUGAGCCCUCGGCGUGCGACGAGCUCAUCGCCGCCGUUCCCGCGAUGUUGGUGAUCGACGCGGCGGACGGGGGAACGAUCGCCGGGAUCGUCGCCCGAGCCGGCGCGCUUCGCGACGCGUUGCCGACCGCGAACCUCGCCAAGCUUUGCGGAAAGCGCCCGGAGUUUCUGGUCACCAAGGACCGCGGCGAGUACAGGCUGACGUACGAGUCCGAACCCCGGGUGGGUCACGCGGCGGGGAUGCCCGUCGGGAAGAGACGCGGGGACGAAAAGUCGGCACCCGGGGACGGGGGCGGGGACGGAGACGGGGACCGGGGACGGGGACCGCGAUGGCCGGAGUCCUGGUACGUGUACAGAUCCGCGAGGCAGAUGCGGGAGCGGAUGCCGAGCGACUGCGACGUGGACAGGUUACUGACGGAUUUCCCGAACAUACUCGCCAUGGACGUCCCCGCGCUGUUCGAAGACUUGAAGCGGGUGUUCCCGGGCGAGGCACCCGCGGAUGUGCUGCGAAGAAACCCGAGCAUAUCCUUCCAGCUCGAGAGGAACACGAAGUCUGCGGAACCCUUGGGCCCCGCGGCGAACACCGUGCAGGCGGACGAGGUGAACCAGGGUUUGAUGACUGUCAAGGAGCUACGGGAGCUGGCGAGCCAAACGCACGACGGGCUCGAGCUCGAAGGAAUUCGGCGUCGGGCUUCGAACGAGGCGGCGGCUCGGUGCGAGGGCUCCGACGAGGACUCGCUGACGUGUCGGUGUCCCCUCGACACCCCGCACAAACGCAGGCGCGCGCCGUCGUCGUCCGAUACCGACGAUGACGCGACGGACGACGACGACGACGACGACGUUCGGUCCCCGCUGAAGCGACGCGCCGCCGCGGAGUCUCUCGCGGCGUUGCCGCCCGCGCCCAGCUCCGACACCCCCCGCUUCGUCCGCGAGUGCUCCAUGGACUUUGCGUCCCUGCUCAGCAUCCUCGACGACGACCGCGACGCGUCGGCGCCGUCGAGGCAAAACUCCUCGUCGUUCGCGGACGAGACGACGUGGAUCGACGGGAUCGACGUGGACGUGGACCACCUCAUGUGCGACGUCGUCGCCGACUGCCUCGCGACGAGCUCGCUUCGAAACCCUCCGUGCAAAAUCCACCGUCUCAAAUCCGCCCCGGGGACGACUGCGCCCCCGCCCUCGCACGCGUUGACAUCGUCGAGAGGCCUCUCCGCGGCCGCGGCGCCGUUCGCGCCCUCCGGCCACGGCAAACGACGCCCGACGUUCGCGGGACCGCACGCACCGCCGUCGGCGAUCGCGGGUCCGACGUUCAGGAGCGCUUGGCCGCCGGUGCGGCGGGACAGGAGGGCGCUUUGGGCGGACGCCGACGGGCGGCUGCCGAGCGCGGGGGAGGUUCUGUCGGUGCUCGAGAGGUGGCGCCUGGUGCAGCACGCGGUCGGGGUGCCGUGCUGA